UCUACUGCUUGUUCUUCUAUAAUCGAAAUCAAAAACCUGAAAACCUGGUUGAAUAAUGGAGGAUAUAUUUUGUUCCGAUUGUAAAAGAAAUACAGCGGUAGUAUUUGACCAUUCCGCCGGAGAUACAAUCUGUUCCGAGUGUGGCCUUGUAUUAGAAGCCCACUCGAUUGAUGAAACAUCUGAAUGGAGAACUUUUGCUAAUGAAACAACUGAGAACGAUCCUCACCGUGUUGGAGAGAAAUCAAAUCAUCUUCUUACAGAUAGCGGCUUAACCACAAUGAUUUCCAUGCCGACUGGUGGUGCGAAUCGCUCUUCUAUUGGGAGUUUUCGUAAUAUUAAUACGCCUGAUCCUGAUAGGGGCCUUAUUGAGGCGUUUAAGACGAUUGGGGUGAUGGCUGAGAGGUUAGGGCUUGUUACGACUAUAAAAGAUUUGGCUAAUGAGAUUUAUAAGAAGAUGGAUGAUGCCAAGGCUACUAGAGGGAGGAAUAAGGAAGCAUUGAUGGCUGCUUGCUUGUUUACUGCUUGUAACCAACUAGGACCGAGAACGAUGAAGGAGAUCCAUUCCGUUACCAGUGGUGGUGUGACUAGGAAGGAAAUUGGACGUGCCAAAUUGGAGAUUAGUAAACAUCUGGAAGGAGUCUCGGAUGUGACUACAAGAGCUGUUGAUAUUAUUAGGCGUUUUGGUUCCAAUCUUGGUAUGAGUAUUAAAGCUGUGAAAGCUGCUGAAGAAGCAGUUGGAAACACUGAAGCUUGUGAUAUUAGGAGGACUCCUAUAACGGUUGCGGCGUCGAUUAUUUACAUGAUAGCUCAAUUGUCUGAGAAGACAAAACUGAUUCGAGAGGUUGCUGAUGUAACUGGUGUUGCACAUGGCACUAUUAAGAAUUCUUAUAAGGAUAUUUACCCUCAUGCGGCAAAACUGGUACCAGCUUGGUAUGCUAAUGCAGAGGACCUCAAGAAGUUGCCUAGCCCUUAAAAGUAAACGGUCAUGACUGCAAAUUGGUGCAAAACUGGCACUUGAUGGAUCAUGUCUCUGUAUGAGAGAUACCUAGAUUUUGUUAUCUUGGUCUUUUGUGCUUUCCAUCUCGCAUUUCAUCUGAAAUACAAUGUCUGAAAUUUUUGUC